AUGGCUGAUGUUUCGCCUCAAACUGGCUCUGUUGAAAUUUCGUACUCUUUACGCAUGCCUGAUGAGCGUGAUGAUUGGUUCACAGCUGCGACAACUACAAUGAAUAUUGGUGAGCGUGAAACCUCAACCACCAUGAUAUCAAUCUCUGGAAACGAGGACGACGAAACCCUGGCUACGUUAUCAAGUGCAACGACUACAUCAAUUGUGCCAUACAUCUCGAACAAGUUAACCGCGUCAAUCAUACCGUCCUCAACUCCGACCUCUCCAUCCAGUUCAUCUCCAUUAUCCGUGCCAACUUAA